AUGGAAGCCCCAGCCGAGUUCAAUCGGCUUGUUUUUGAGAGAACCCGACUCACCAACGACUACUGCACACUGGCCGCCGAAUUGGAAUCGUUAUUGGAAGCUGUUCGCUAUGACAUCUCUAAAGCAAAGACAAUCAACGGCCUUUCACUUUCCACAAAUAUCUUGCCUGGAGCGAUCGAUUUAGAGCCAUAUGCAAGAGUGCAUAUAGACAACUCGAGGUUUUCAUUGCACGAGGAUGGGGAAGAGAGAAAAGAGGAAACGGCUCAUAGAAGAAAAGGCCCAGCAAACGACGAUGAGCCAAAAGAAGAGGAGAACAAAGCCGAAAAACGGGUCAAGCUACCUCAAGGCGCCUAUCGACCGUUUGGAGUUCUUGAACCUGAAGCAGCGAAAAUGGCCCGAAAAGAAGCCGCUCAUUCACUAAAGAUUUGCUGCGAAAUGGCGGGAAUUCGUUCGAGAAUUUGCACGAUCGAUCAACGUCUCGAAGUGCUGAAAGCAGAAACUCCCGAACUCGUCGAACAGAUAAAAAAGUUGGUGCUU